UCGUCGAUACAAGUUUCCUAAACCGAAUCACACUUUGCCAGGUACGCAUAUGGAUUGUUUUAUAGAUUGAAGUCCACUUUGGAUCUAAGGAAUUGUGCCUACUGGGUGGGGAAAAUAAACUUAUUUCGACCCUCUUUUGGACUUUCCUAAAUCUUCUUGAUCUUCGCCGUCAGGGCCAACGCAUUUGGCGAAAGCCAUGUUCCAGCCUACGGCCAAAAGAUGCUUCACCAUCGAGGCUCUGGUAGGCAAAGACAACACGUCCACACUGGGGGAUGAACCGCUUCGACCUACAGCUCUGAGAUACGCCGAUUCGGUGCACGCUUCCCCGUUCGGAAGCGGCUUCCAGAACGCCGGCAGGACUCUCUACAGCAGCCCCGAGCUCCUGUUCCCCGAGCCGGUGACCCACGCGGCCAGCCCUGCUCUUUCAAUGCACCCAGGGAACGCGCACCAUCUACCCGCACAGUCUUUCUUUGCGCCUCAGCAGAGAGAAGCACUGAGUUUUUACCCAUGGGUUUUAAGGAACAGAUACCUGGGUCACAGAUUUCAAGGCGGUGAGGGAGGAGCUGAGAGCCUGCUUCUUCACGGCCCUUUCACCAGGAAGCCUAAGCGGAUUCGAACAGCGUUCUCCCCGUCCCAGCUCCUGAGACUAGAGAGAGCCUUCGAGAAAAAUCACUAUGUGGUGGGAGCAGAGCGAAAACAAUUAGCAAGCAGCUUGUGUCUCACAGAAACCCAGGUAAAAGUCUGGUUUCAGAACAGAAGGACUAAAUACAAGCGUCAGAAACUGGAGGAAGAGAGCCCGGACACACAGCAGAAACGCAAAGGGACGCAGCACGUCAACAGGUGGAGAAUGGCGACCAGACAGACCAGCCCGGAGGACAUUGAUGUGAUUUCAGAAGAUUAGAGGCCGCCUGGAUUAAAACAGUCAAAUGUUUCAGUAUAAUUCGUGCAAUGAUGACUGCGAGCAGCCAGACAGAUGGACUUAUUAAAUAUUCAACACGUUUAAUUAUACCGGCCCAUUGUGGAAUUACCGAUUCCACUUCUGGUCAAGUCACAGGGCACAAAGGUGGACUUAAAGACAAACUUCAACCGUGUGAUUAUAGUUUAAUUAAAGAGAAUCUUUGUUAAGAAAACAGUUCGAUUGCAGCAAAUUGAAGACGGAUCGUCCUCGCUGGAGUUGACCUUGGGAUUGGAAUGUUAGUCGUGGAUAGAGCUCACUCCGCCCCACGCCACUCAUUGAGAAUUUAAUUCUUUUCAGACGGAUUUGGUAGCGUCCGGCGUCUUUCCAGGUAGAGCUACGGGGAUGGUGUUUUCUUUUCACGUUUUAGGUCGGAGGAUUUUUUUAAAAAUUAAAAUACCCGCAAGUCUUGGUGUAGCCUUGCGCGCAGCCUGAACACAAGGGGAUGUGUGUGAAUGAGAGAAAAGCUCAUUUGCAAGUUUCUACGGGUUUUAAACUGAGAAAAGGAUGGUCUGUAGGAGUUUAGCGCCGAGGACCUCGUGUACGUGAACGGCACUGUGUGAUUCCCGUUUCUUGAUGUUAAUGUCUCAUCUCGCCUCUCCCCAUAGAUCUGUUUUAUAAUGGUCUUCUUUGUCGAUUGUAAAUAAAUGUGUGUCACCACUGGCA